GCCGUCUGAAACUCAGCAGGAGCUUAAUCAGAAGCACAGAAAAACAAGCCCCUCUCCAGAGCCUUUUCCUCGAGCUCUGGCCUUUUCAGCCUCAUUCUACCUUUCGUUCCUGCAGGCAGAGGGGGGAGAGGGAAAGGUGCCCUACUGGUUCCUUCGUAGGAACUGCACAUAAGCGGCAGUGCAUUUCUGGGUGACCUUGGAGCAGGCUCAAAUAUGAAAUGCACACGCAGGAGGGCAGAGGUCCCGUCUGUUUGCCCAUCGGCAGGAGGCAUGGGAAGUGUCCUUCUUAACUGUUUCAUUCCUUCAGUACAGCUCCGACCACUGCAAAGGAAAUCAGCCGUGGAAUCAUUUUGACAGCCUCCACCGGGCCGGUUCUUGGAGGUUUCCAUCUCUACGUUUUAGCAAGUCCCUUUGUGAUUUGCACCUCCAGAUCGCCAAGCAAACACCUAACGUUUGCAAGUAUAUAUAUAUUUUUCCUUCCCCUGCUGCCAUUGCAUCUACAUCGGCCAACGUGCCUCGUCCGAUUCAGCCGGGCCCGUCUGCGUCUCUGGGCCGCGAUGACUUUUGCCCAACUUUUGGAUCAGGUUGGCGGCAUGGGCCGUUUCCAGGUCCUCAACGUGCUGCUGCUUUGCUUCCCGAUGGUCCUCAUGGCAGCCCACAACCUCUUGCAGAAUUUUACAGCAGCCGUCCCCGGGCACCGCUGCUGCACUGGCAUUAACGGCACGUGCGGCGGCAGCAACAUCACCGAAGGCGCAGACUGUCGGGAUCCCCUGAGAGCCUUCAUCCCGACAGACAGCAACCAGGUGCUGCAGAAGUGCCGUCGCUUCGUCACCACCCAGUGGCACUUCCUUGAGCCCAAUUCCACGGAGCUGGAGAGGACAGAGGCAGAGCUGGAGCCUUGCCUUGACGGCUGGACCUACGAUGGCCAAGUCUUCACGUCGACCAUUGUGACAGAGUGGGACCUGGUGUGUGACUUUCGGACGCUGCAGCAGAUGGCCCAGUCAAUCUACAUGGCGGGGGUACUGGUGGGUGCGGUCGCAUUCGGCGGCCUCUCAGACAAGUUUGGCCGGAAAGCUUUGUUGAUCUGGUCCUGUCUCCAAAUGGCUGUUUCGGGGUCCUGCGCUGCUUUCGCCCCCAGCUUCACAGCUUACUGCAUCUUCCGCUUCCUGUCAGGAAUGGCUCUCUCAGGCAUUGGGCUGAACUGCGUGUCGCUGUCGGUAGAGUGGACCCCAAUGCAUGCCCGGGCCACCAUCAGCAUGGUGACUGGAUACAGCUACAGCGUCGGGCAGUUCAUCCUCGCCGGAAUAGCUUAUGCCAUCCGCGACUGGCGCUGGCUCCAACUGGCCGUCUCCUUCCCUUAUUUCGCCUUCUUCCUGUACGGCUGGUGGUUUACAGAGUCUGCCCGGUGGUAUGCCACAGCUGGCAAACUGGACCAGGCACUCAAGGAGCUGCAAAAAGUGGCACGGAUAAAUGGGCAGAAGGAGCAAGGGCAGAAGCUCAGCCUCGAGGUCUUGAAAGCCAGCCUACAGAAAGAGGCGCCCUCCGCCAAGUCCAACUUCACGGCAGCUGACUUGGUGCGAUCGCCUGUGGUGCGACGGGUAACGUGCUGCCUUUGCUUCGUCUGGUUCUCCACCAGCUUCGCCUACUAUGGGUUGGCUAUGGACCUGCAGAACUUUGGGGUCAGCGUCUACCUCAUCCAGGUGAUCUUUGGGGCUGUCGAUAUCCCAGCCAAACUCAUUGCCUUCCUUGUGAUUUGCUACUUUGGCCGCAGGAUCACCCAGGCAUUGACUCUCAUCCUAGCAGGCCUGUCCAUUGCUGGAAACAUCUUUGUCCCCCAAGAUAUGCAGAUCCUGCGCACUGUCUUUGCCGUCUUUGGGAAAGGGUGCUUGGCAGCCUCUUUCAACUGUGUCUUCUUAUACACGGGAGAGCUUUACCCCACGGUGAUCAGGCAGACCGGGAUGGGGUUUGGGAACACCAUUGCUCGUGUCGGCGGGAUCGUGGCUCCCUUGGUGAGGAUGACGGGCGAGUAUUCCCCAUCUCUCCCCCUUCUGAUCUAUGGGGCAGCUCCCAUCAUCUCUGGCAUUGCCGCCUGCUUCCUUCCAGAGACCCUGAACAUGCCACUGCCUGAUACCAUUGAAGACGUGGAGAACCAGAACUUGGAGCAGCAGAAAGGCGACGAGGGCUGCAAAGGAACCCCUUCCCAUCAGGACGACAUUUUCCUGGACAUGAGAAUGUUUAAAGAUCCCAGGCCACUUGAAAACACAGGAAAAGGAGAUGGGGGAGCCGUUGACCCAGCCAAAAGCAGCUGAGCAUCAAAGGUGUAGCCCCACGGGCAGCAGGGCCUCCACUGCCUGCAAUGUACCACCUUCAACAAUAAAAAACCCUCAGUGCCUUCUUCCACCAGCA